AUGUCAGCUGUCAAUGACACAAAAUUAAAAUCAGUAAUUUUCCUUCUCACCGGGCUACCAAGUCAUGGAGAUGCACCUCUCUGGAUUUCUAUCCCCUUCUGCUUCAUGAAUGUUAUUUCAAUAGUAGGAAAUUCAAUCAUUCUGUUCAUUGUAAAGACAGAGCCAAGCCUCCAUCAGCCCAUUUAUAUUUUCCUUUCCAUGUGGGCCGUAGCAGACCUUGGCAUAUCGAUAUCCACCAUGCCGACGAUACUGGACAUCUACUUGUUUAACUCCAGGGAGAUCAGCCUCAAUGCCUGUUUAGCCCAGCUUUUCUUCAUCCAUUUGCUUCAGUGCAUUGAAUCCUCUUUGCUGUUGUUGAUGGCCUUUGACCACUUCAUCGCAAUCUAUAACCCUCUGAGAUAUGCUGCCAUCUUUAUCCUGCCGAGAAUAGCCAAGAUGGGACUUUUGGCUGUGCUAAGAGUGAUGGUCAUAAUACUUCCACUUCCCUUUCUCCUGAAAUGGUUCCAAUACUGUCAAGCCAAUGUCCUCUUCUAUUCCUACUGUUUGCACCGGGAGGUCAUGAACAUGGCUUGUUCAGAUAUCACGGUCAACAUCAUCUAUGGAUUGUUUACUAAACUCUUAACAAUGGGGUUGGAUUUGCUGCUUAUCUUCCUCUCUUAUGUAAUGAUCUUCAAAUCGGUGCUGAGGAUCACCUCCUAUGAGGAGUGCCUGAAGGCCCUGAACACCUGCAUCUCCCACCUCUGUGCUGUCCUGCUCUUCUGCACACCAGAUAUCAGCUUGACUGUGAUACACAGCUUUGAGAAGGACUCUUCUCCCUUACUUCAGAUUCUCCUCGGUUACAUGUCCCUGCUUCUCCCCUCGCUGAUAAACCCAAUUGUGUACAGCGUGAAAAGCAAACACCUUCGUGUGAAGAUAAUCAGAGUGUUCAUUAAGUGA